AUGUUCGUCGUUGUUCCAAUCACCGACGUUGUCAUUAUUAAACCAAAAAAAUUUGGAUCUGAUAUCAAAGAGGUUCUGCAUAAGGUUGGGUUGUGCAUUUCCCUAUGGGAUAUCACUAAAAUAGGAGAUAUGUAUAUUUUACAGGAUAGCGGAUCGUACCAAGUUGUUGGUAGUGCUCUUUUGCUUCAUGCUAACAAGUUUCUAGUCUCUUUUCGGUUUGUCUGCUUCCGCCCAUCAAUAGACGAGGUGAUAAUUGGAACAGUGAAAAAUUGUACCCCAGAUGGUCUGCACAUUUCACUAUAUUUCUUUGACGACAUAUUCAUCCCAGCGGAUAAGCUACGACACCCGUCGAAAUUUGAUUUUGAGCAGCAGUGUUGGAUCUGGCAAUAUGAGGACGAUGGAGAAUCAGCAGACUUGCGCAUUGAGAAGAAUGACACAAUCAGAUUUCGUGUAGAGCAGGAGAUUUGGCAAGAUCCGAACCCAAGCGGAGAAAGUCGAGACCAGAGUCAGCCAACGUCCCCCUUCGGAGAGAAAUCUCCUUACGUUAUUCUUGGAUCUAUAGUCUCCGACGGACUUGGUCUAACCUGCUGGUGGAUCAAUUAA